UAAUUUUAGUCGUGUAUAACACAUUGUAAGAACAAGAUGUUUCUAAAAUUCGUGACUUUGGUAAUAACAAUCUGUGUGACAUUCACGUCCUGCACAUCGGAGGCUCGAAUCAAACGUCAACAGUUUAUUCCGUUAGAUGCUUGCACUGUUUCACAUCAAGAAAUUGAGGAAUUGAUUCGCCUCACUAAGAAUCUUAAUUCGACUACGGAAAGUAUACCAAUUGAUACUCGAUUGGGAUUCGAUACUGAUGCCAACCUUGAAAAUGUUGAUAAAUGUGCCAAGCAACUAACGCAAUUCCGCGGAACACUGCAAACAGUAAUUCGAAACUACAAAUCAAUUAACCGAGAUACUAUGAAUCAAGCCCAAUAUGAGCGAGCCAAAGCUCGUUACCAAACAGAUAUACAACGUCUUUUACGUAGGAUAGAUAAUCUGAAAAGAGAUGUGGAGGACAGAUAUCGAAAUGAAGUGGAAAAUUUGCGCAACAAUAUGCAACUAUUCAAGGUGCAGCUUGACGAAAAUCUUCACUUACUAGAACAAGAACGUGCCAAAACUAAAGCCACCCUUGAACGAUUAUGUAUUGCAAACAUUAGAGCUGGUAGGAUAAAGGAUGCAGUUGACAAUUUCCGUGAUCUUGAUGAUUUUCCAUAUCAACGGAUUGUUACUGAGGUGUACGAAAAUGAUCCGAGAAACGCAGAUCUUUUGCUUAAUUUCUUAGAAGUAAUGGAUCUCAGCUAUAAGCCAGUUCGUGGAUAUGAAACAUUGUUCGAACACAUGAAGCGCCACAACCAACUAAAUGGAACUGAAGGCCGUCGAUUACUAACACAUAUCAUGGCCCUGAUAACGGUGGAUGAUGAAAAUGCUCGACGAGCGUCGAAUUUGUUAAAAGUUUAUAAGACAAAUGUUUAAAUCCACAUACACGGUUAUCUGAUAUCUGAUGGUUUUGGUGAAAUAGAAUGACAUAGUUUGACAUGUUUAGUGAUACUUUGCACCAAAUUUUGCUUUUGCUAGAGAGAUACGUAUUAUUUCGAUAGGAAAAUUGAGCAAAAAUUUGGGUGAUGCAGAUAAACCAUGCUAAGUUUGUGUAUUAUUUUACGAUUCUGUUCAUAUCCAAAUUUGUGUUAGAUAGCGAAAUGUACAGUCGGAUUCGGAAAAUUAUUUUCGUUUCUUCUAUAGGGUAGCUCAAUAGCAGAGCAGUGCUAGGGAUCAGAAAUCAAAUCAUGUCCAUGAGGGAUACUAUUUCGCAAAUGCCAUUCAUGGGUAGUUUUCUCUUACUGAUAAAUAUAUAAACAUGUAGAUGUCCUAAUGAAAAAAAUGAAAUGAAAAAAAAAACAAACUAACAUUAUUAGUCAUGAAAUCUCACGUAUCAUGUUCGCUGCUUUACUUGGAAGCGUAGGUUAUAAAGGAAUGUUAAUAUAUUUCCACUCUUAUUAAAUUUA